AUGUCGCUGUCAGCAACCUCUGAAGAAGGCGCAGCGCUUCGACUAUGGAACUCGGCAUAUCAAGAGAUAAGGCAGGAUAACGAGCAGCUCACUGAGGCGUACGAGAGAAUCCUCACACUGAACAUUAAUGAUGGCGUUGGUGCCCUAACAGCAGCCGCGGCGAACAUCUUUGCCAAUGGCGCCGCAGAAGCACGCAUUCAGAGGAUGGCUAUAUCGGUCCAAAAGUCUCUCGAGAAGAUCCAUGAGCGCCGCAGCAUCAGAGGAGGUGUCAUGCAGGCCUCUGCUCUUCUGGCCAAGCUUGAGAAAGUGGGAAAACUCGCAUUGACGCCGGCGCCUCCUCCGGCAACAAUGGCCUGGUCUGGCAUCUGUGCAGCGGUUCAGAUCCUAUCUGGUCCUUUCGAAGCCGAGCAGUCGAUGGUCGAUGGUCUGGAACAUGUCAUCGCUAGGAUGGACUGUUCGCUCGAAAGCCAGGUCAGGACGAUAUAUCGUGCGAUUCUCACGUACGAGAUGACAGCUGUACUGUACUGCUACAAGGACCAUCGGGUAUUUGCGUAUGCGAAGGUCGUAUGGGGUUCCUACGACUGGACCACCCAGCGCAGCAAGCUAGCCAAGCUAGAAGAACGGCUGGAUGGCGACAUGGCGCACUAUUCCAGUCGCGAAUCCGUCGCAGCCCUUCGAAGCCUUCUUCACGAGGCAUCUGAAUCGUCUGGGCUUCUGCAAGAGAUAGCCAGCGGAGUUCAGCAGUUGUCGAGCAUCCAGCAAGCCCGGCAAGACCAACAAACCCAGCGUGACGCUGAAGAGCGGACAAGGAGACGCGAUCUCUUGAUUGGAAGGUUCAAGACGAUUCCAUACGAAGAACGCAUGCGGAUCAAUCCCCUUCGCGGGACUGUCAAGUUCUUAGUUACGACUCGGGGCCUCCCGCCUAUUCUCAACCAUCUUGAUGUUUCCGGGCAGGGACACAUUCACCUCGAUGGUGACGGGAAAACAGAAAAGGAUUUGAUCCAAAAGGAGAUCCAACUGGUUGUGGAGCAUCGCUUGUCUCAACUUGCCGAGAAGAAGCGACUAGAUGACGCGAAGAGGAAAAUCCUCAAAGAUGGCUUCGCGCUCAAGGGUGGGGAGGACCGAACGUAUCUCUGGGCCAGUUUGGUGUUUGAGAGUCUCGAGAAGAAUAACGACAACACCCAGAAAGGUUGGAGGGACCUUGUUAGCAAUCUCCCCAAAACCGUAUACGGCGCAUAUGAAAGGUUACACCGGCAGGUCAGCCACGAUGACGCCGAGAAAGUGGGCAGGCUAUUCCAUCUUAUCAUUGCAGCACAAAGACCCCUCACGCUCGAGGAGAUGGACAUUGCGCUUUGUGCCUGGGAAAACGUCCAAGGCAAGCUUGCGGUCUGUUCGUGA